AGCAUUAUGGGAUGUGAAACUGAGCUACAGUGCGAAACUGGCUGAGCUGUUGUUAAACAAAGCGCGUUCUCGUAUAAAAUUGCGUGCACGUUCACGGAGGCGCGCUGUCUGCAGGACUUUAUUUACAGAUGGUAUUUACGAUAGUGAAACAGAAUUAAUGACACAUUCUUGUCGAAAACAGAUGCAGGCUGUCUUGUCCUGUUUGUGUUUUUCUCAUCUGGUUGGUUUGUUUGUUGUGGAGGCAAAUGUAGUGAAGUCAGUAUCAGUGAUGGAGGGAGAUUCUGUCACUUUAAAGACCGAUGUUGAUAAACAGGGAUAUGACAAGAUAGAGUGGAGGUUUGGAGAGGAGCGGAUCGCCAGAAUCAAGGGAGUGAAUGGUACACAUUAUGAUGAGGUUUGGAGAUUCAGAGGCCGACUGCAGCUGGACCACACCGGCUCUCUCACCAUCAGAAACACCACAACUGAAGACACUGGAGUUUAUCAUCUAAGUAUGAAGGUUGGAAAUGCAGAGAUACCCAAGAGCUACAGAGUUACUGUGUACGCUCCUCUGCCCAUUCCAGUAAUCUUCAUUGACACUUUACAACCUUCUUCAUCAUCUGAAAGAUCAUCGAGGAUCUUCCUGUGUUCGGUGGUGAAUGUGAGUCAUGUGACUCUCUCCUGGUACACAGGAAACAGUUUAUUGUCCAGCAUCAAUGAGUCUGAUUUCAGAAUCAGUCUCUCUCUUCCUCUGGAGGUGGAAUAUCAGGAUAAAAACACCUACAGCUGUGUGAUCAACAAUCCCAUCAGCAAACAAACUCAACUUCUCACCAACACUGAACUCUACUGGUUAAGUUCAGACUCUGUCCACUAUUGUGGCACUGCUGAAGCUGUGACCCGAUUGGUCGUCUCUGCUUUGAUGGGCGUGGCUGCCGUGGCUGCCAUUGUUGUUCUGGUUUAUGACAUCAAAUCCAGAACAGGAGAGAAGAGAACAGACAUCAGCUUAAGACAACGAUCAAUCAGAUAAUAAAAAUGUUAAACUGUCUUUUUGGUUUUUUUCUUUUGAGUACUUUUAUGUUUAGAUGAAAUUGUGUUGUGGCAGAAUUCUUCAUCUGUAUUCCUAAUGAUAAUGAUGCAAAUUUGAUGUCCAUAAAGCUAAGAACAUGAAAUGUU